AUGAAGAUCCUUAUCAUUUUCAUCGUCUCUGCGACAAUUGCAUCUCUCUGUAGUUUUGUCUCUGCUGAAGUUCUUAAUAAGUCCAGCAUGUACUCGACAAAGUAUGAUAAUAUUGACAUUAAUGCAGUUAUCAAAAACGACCGGCUGGUUAAUAAUUACGUCGCUUGUAUGUUGGAUGAAAAACCUUGUACUCCAGAUGGUGAAGAACUAAAAAAAAAUAUUCCAGACGCUUUAGCGACAGAAUGCGCAAGUUGUAGUCCAGCGCAAAAAAAUAUCGCUGAAGUAAUGUACCAUCAUCUGAUUGAUAAUCGACCGGAUUUAUGGUCCAAACUGGAAGUUAAGUACGAUCCAUCGGGCAGCUACAGAAGACAUUAUCUCAACCUGGACCAGGAUGGUGAUGAUUAUGAUGAUGAUGAUGAUGAUGAUGAUGAUGAUGAUGAUAAUGAAGAAACUCAAUCGACGACAAUGAAAGUUUAACUUGACCGU